CUAGAAGGCUUUUAUCAGAGGUAUUAGAACACUGCACCGAAGCUUCUCUCUCUCUCUCUAUGUGAAUUCCGUCGGCAACAAUGGAGGUCCUCAGCCCCAAAAUCCCUACCAGCCCUGAAAUUCUCUCUCGGAUUCCAAUAUUCUUUCCUAAAUUUCCCUCCACGGCAUGGGAUAAGAAAAACCCAUCAAGAGUCGGCAUACCCAAAUCCAAAUUGCCUCUACAGUCACCAUUUUCACUAUAUCUACGCCUCUCUAGUUCCAGAAAAUUCCAAAUUUCUGCUCAUUUUGGCCGGCCCACAACCCGCCGAAACUCUCUGAGAAAAAAGCUCAAUGAACAACAACAAGAACAACAGCAGGUGCGUCACAAUCCUCAAACUGACGACCCAAGUCCGGAUUUUCGAAACCCAGUUCAUCAUUUUGAUGACAUCAAUAGUUUUCAAUCAAAUUCAGCUAAUCAUAAUGUACGGGAGAAUAGCGCGAGUUCUGAUAAUGUGAAGGGAUCAAAAUCAAAGGUUUUGGGAGAGUCUGCUUUGUGGAAUAAAUUAGAGAGUUGGGUUGACCAGUACAAGGAGGAUUCAGAGUUUUGGGGUAUUGGCUCUGGUCCUAUAUUCACUGUUUAUCAAGAUUCUGAUGAUAAUGUCGAAAGGGUAAUUGUAAAUGAGGACGAAAUAUUGAGGAGAAGCCGAAUUGACCCUUUGUUGUAUAAGCAGAAUGAGCUUGAGGACUUAGGUGGAGUGAAUUUGAAAAUUUCUCAUGCCAAAUUUUUAGCUAAAGAGAUGGAGAAUGGGAAUAAUGUGAUUCAAAAGAAUAGUUCAGUGGCAAAGUUUAUAGUUUCAGGUGAAAAAUGGGGUGUUGUUAAUGCGAUUCGGGGUGUUACUCGUCAACCUGGUCUGUUAGCAAAAUUGUCAUUAGUUGGGGUCUCGAUGUUGUGUGGUUUCUUUGUGAUCUGGGCGGUCAAGAGAUUGUUUACUGGUGGUGAAGAUAGCGUAGAGUAUACGAGGUUGGAGAAGGAAAUGAUGAGGCGAAAGACAAAAGCUAGAAUGGAGAAAGAGAAGCUAAUGAAGGGUAGUGUGGAAAUUAUUCAGGAGUUAAGGGAGCAGCAACCAAUGUCUACUGAAAGGCCUCGACUUGACAAGCAAGAACUUAUGGAUAGCAUAUUGAAAGUGCAGGCAUCAACUGAUAAAUUGGCAUUGCCAGAAUCUUCUGGUACUCAGGCUACUAAAUCUUCGGAUUUUGAUUAUAAAAUUCAGGAAAUUAGAGCAAUGGCAAGACGUGCACGAGAACUUGAGAGAAAAGAUACUUUGCCAGAUGAAAGCGAGGGCGAAAAUGAUCGAACUGUCAAGGAAUUGUCUAAUGAAGAGGAAGUUGUUCAACAUCUUGGAGAUGGGGAUGUGAGCUCUCCACAUGACCAUCCUAUUGGCUAUGCAGUCCAAAUUGGUGGUCAUAGCAGAACUAUGAAGCCCGGCUCUUUUGAUAACCAAAAAGGUUACGAUACUGGAUUCUCUAGAGAUAUAGCUUUGGUGGAGACCAGUGAGAGACAAACUUCCAAUACUCAAAAUGAUUUGGAAGAUAGAGAGUGUAGUUCAAACUUACCGGGCAUAAUUGAAGUACAUCAACCAUCUGAUGCUCCGCGGGUCAUACGGUCAGUUAAGGCAGCUAGGGAAUACCUCUCUCAAAAACGUGACAAACAAGAGCCCAACCAAGAAACGAAAAUAAGAAUUGUUGAACAAGUUGAUACUGUUUUGAACAUGCCAAAUGGAAAGGCAAUGGGUUGUGCCCCAAGCCAGGGGAUAGAUGAGAAUGAUGAAGUGUUGGACGCGUCCACUUUAAUUGGCACACCAUAUUUUUCAUAUACCACAGGUGCUUCUGAUGAUUCCACUGUUGAUGGAAAGGAAUCUGUUCCAACCAGAAUCAGUGAUCCUAAAGUUGCUGAAGAGGGUCAUGGCUGCAGUGACGGCAGUAAAGAGACAGGACUGUCUGCUUUAAUCUUACCCAGAGGAGAAGAAAGGGAUAGUUGCACAAAUCAUGGAACUUCAGAUUCUGCAUCCACCUUCUGUGCUGGUGGACAUUCUACGUUGGAGACAGAGGCAUCUCUUUCAGCCAAUAGUAAUCGUUCCAAAUAUAUAGAGGAAAGAAAUGGAGCGGUAGACUUUCAAUCAUCUGGAACUUCCUUUAGCGAUGAAAGCAAUGGCGGGAGUGCAGAGAUGGUAUCAUCAGAGCAAAAGGUAAACUGGAUGAAGAAAAAUUUUCAUGAAUUUGAGCCCAUUGUAAAGAAGAUUCAAGUUGGAUUUAAGGAUAAUUACAUGGCUGCAAGGAACAAAAUAAAUCAAGAUUUGAAUUCAAAUACCGAGAUGAUUCAGCUUGAGUCUGAUGAAAAUCAUGAUGAACUUGAGUGGAUGAAAGAUGACAGGCUUAGAGAAAUUGUAUUUCAAGUCCGAGAAAAUGAGCUGGCAGGGCAGGAUCCUUUUUAUAUGAUGGACGAUGAGGAAAAGCUUGCGUUCUUCAAUGGCCUUGAGAAGAAAGUUGAAAAAGAAAAUGAAAAGCUAUCAAAUCUGCAUGAAUGGAUACAUUCAAACAUCGAAAACCUUGACUAUGGAGCAGAUGGUAUUAGCUUGUAUGAUCCGCCAGAGAAAAUUGUACCUCGCUGGAAAGGUCCCUCGUUAGAAAAUAAUCCUGAAUUCCUCAAUGACUUUUUAGAACAAAGAAAGGCAUUUAUGGCUGAAAGUGUCAGAAAUUCAUACCUUGUGAAGAGGGAUGGAGAAGACUUUCCUGAAAAAUCAAAAGAGUCCCUAUCCCAUGAUAAUAUUCCUGCAACCUCCGCUGUUGGUAAUCAAAAUGCAAGAAUUCUACAUAAGCCUUCGAAAACUCCAAAGACAAUAAUAGAAAGCAGUGAUGGGUCCGUCAAAGCUGGCAAAAAAUCAGGGAAAGAGUACUGGCAACACACAAAAAAAUGGUCCCAAGGGUUUCUAGAAUCUUAUAAUGCAGAAACAGAUCCAGAAAUCAAAGCUGUUAUGAAGGAUGUAGGGAAGGACUUGGAUAGAUGGAUCACUGAGAAAGAAGUACAGGAAGCGGCUGAGCUGAUGGAUAAAAUACCUGAGAGGGGACGGAAGUUCAUUCAAGAGAAGCUCAACAAGGUCAAAAAAGAAAUGGAAAUGUUUGGUCCACAAGCUGUUGUGAGCAAGUAUCGUGAAUAUUCAGAAGCGAAGGAAGAAGAUUAUUUGUGGUGGCUAGAUCUUCCCUAUGUACUGUGUAUUGAAUUGUACACGAAAGAAAAUGGGGAGCAGAAAAUAGGAUUUUAUGCAUUGGAGAUGGCGGCAGAUCUUGAAUUGGACCCAAAGCAGUAUCACAUCAUUGCUUUUGAGGAUGCUGGUGAUUGUAAGAAUCUUUGCUACAUUAUACAGGCUCAUAUGGAAAUGCUUGGAAGUGGCAAUGCAUUUGUUGUUGCACAAACACCUAAGGAUGCAUUUCGUGAAGCCAAAGCAAAUGGAUUUAGUGUGACCGUCAUCAGGAAAGGAGAGUUGCAGCUCAGUGUAGAUCAAACAUUGGAAGAGGUGGAGGAACUAAUUGUUGAGAUUGGGAGUAAGAUAUACCAUGAUAAAAUCACAAGAGAACGCUCUGUGGAUAUAAGGUCAUUAAUGAAGGGUGUAUUUGGUGUUAGCAAACCCACCAAGAGGAAAAGGAUCAAGCGGAAGCUGAAAAAGCCUGCUAAGCAGCAGUGAAUGAUCCUAAUUUGUGAUGCCAGACUAACUGGUUAACUUCCAUUGAAGGUGAAGCUUGCUUCCACAUUUAUGGUAAAAAGAAGACAUACUGGCCCUGGAACAUCUUCAGAUUUAUAGAGGCUAUUCUGCAUUUCCAAUUUUGGUUCCAAUCAUGCUGUGCAGAUGUCAUGUAGCCAUCAGAAGUAGAAAGUGGCAUAUCUGGAGCUAAACUGGUCUCCAUUCCAUGCUUUAGCAUUUUGACAUUAUGUUUGAACACGUCCAGAGAGUGUGCCGUGAUGAUAACCUCUUUCAAUAGGUAUCUAUCUUCUUCAUCCUAUUCCUAAGACAGAUAAUACUGGAGGUACUGCUCAACCCAAUUACCAGGUUGACUCAAUCGGGAAGCUUCAACCCAGAACUUUCAAGUACUUGAACAUCCAUGCUGUCAUCGUGUUGGAUCACAUGGUUUAUUAGUCAUCUCAAAGCUAAAUGCUUGUGGCACAUUUCAUCUCGCCUUUUAAAUCAGAUGAAGAUUGAGGAUGGGAAGCGCAAACGCUAUUCAGAUGCCAUUUAGGAUUUUUUUUGUUAUCAGUCUUAAAGUUUUGCUCUCGAGUCCUGGAAAACUGUAUUGUACAUCAUGGAAGAGUUUGCAGAUUUUUUUUGGGUUCAUCUGCUCCUGGUACUCUAAACUCAAGACUGCAAGAUUGGUGCAUCGGCUCAAUCAAGAUGUCUCUUGCGUUACUCACAUUUGGUGCCGUGUUAACCCAGUUGUGCCUUAUAAGCUAACAUGUAUGUUAUUUAUGAUCGCAUUUACAAUGUAUCAAAAACACUAAAUUAUAGUCCUAUCCUACUCUGAAAAUUCAAUUUUUC